GUGGUGUGUUGCUGAGCAGCAGCCAGUCGUGUUUUUCCCCUCGCCGAGCUCACUCUCUCUCAUCCUCUGACUCUCCGCGCGCUCUCUGGCUCAAGUGGACAGUCCAGACCUCUCCUGUCUUUCUCCUCUUCUUCAUUCCUUUGUCUGUUAUUUCUUUGCAUCUUUUCCCUUUAUCUGUUUUAUUGUUUUAACAUUUCCUCCUCUUUCAAGCCCCCAUGUGCCAGGGGCAUUAGUGGGGGUCCCAGAGAGAGUGUGAGAGUGUGUAUGAGUGUGAGUGUGAGGUUUCGGCAUGGAAGCGGUGGCACUUUACACGUUUCGUGCCACAGAGGGUGAUGAACUCAGUUUUAACAAGGGAGACUUGCUAAAGAUCACCAACAUGGAGGAUGAUCCUAACUGGUACACAGCUGAGCUCCACAAUAGGAAAGGCUUUGUGCCAAAAAACUACAUCAACCUGCGGCCACACGCCUGGUUUGCCGGUCGUAUAUCUCGCGGUGUGGCAGAAAGUCGACUGAAACACAGGGAGUGCGGGGCUUUUCUGGUCUGAGAGAGUGAGAGCGCCCCUGGAGAGUUCUCCAUGUCCGUCAGUUAUGGGGACCAUGUUCAGCACUUCAAGGUGCUGCAGGACCGCAGCUGUCAGUACUACGUGUGGGACGAGCUCUUCUCCUCUCUCAACGAGCUGGUGGAGUUCUACCAUAGCAACAGUAUCGCUAAGGAGAGGACCGUCUUUCUGAGAGACCCCGAGCACUUCGCCAGGCGUCCCCAUCAUGCCCACGCUCUCUUCGACUUCACCCCCCACCACCCGUCGCAGCUACGCUUCCUGCGCGGUGAUGUCAUCGAACUCAUGGACUGCUCUGAUUCGCAGCGCUGGAGGGGCCGUUGCCAUGGACACGUGGGCCACUUCCCCCCGGAGUACGUCCAGCCCAUUUACCACUGCCAAUGACGUGACGUGUCAAUCAAACACAAACGCUCCCAAGGUGUCAUAAAAGGUCUUAACCCCGCCCCCUCACACCGCUCACCUGCUGUGUCCAAUCACUGACGAGGAACAACUGAACUGCUCAUUAUGUCACAGAUUCCUUCCAUUUCCCCUGUGAUGCCACCUGUCAAUCACAAGCCUCGUCCAAUCAGCUGCUACGAGCUCAUCAAUCACUUCCACCUGAUCCCACAACUAAUCUUAUAUAUACAAAAAAGAAGAUUUGGACCUAUACACUCAGGAUUUGCUCCAGUGGUUGGCACCAUUCCCAUGAAGAGAUCUAGCAGAGAGUCACAGAGGGACAUUGUGUUGGGAAUAUUUGGGCCACACACUCUGAGGAUACUCACAAAGCCCUCUCUCGCUGUGCAGGAGUGUGUGUG